GCAAGAGAAGGAAAAGCCCUGCUCCCUUGUGCUGUGCGGAGCCCGGCAGAACCCAGCAGCAGAGCCUGGCAGUAUAGCCUGGCAGAACCCAACAGCAGAGCCUGGCAGUAUAGCCUGGCAGAACCCAACAGCAGAGCUUGGCAGCAGAACCCAACAGCAGAGCUUGGCACAACCCAGCAGCAGAGCCUGGCAGUAUAGCUUGGCAGAACCCAACAGCAGAGCCUGGCAGUAUAGCCUGGCAGAACCCAACAGCAGAGCCUGGCAGUAUAGUCUGGCAGAACCCAAAAGCAGAGCCUGGCAGUAUAGCCUGGCAGAACUCAACAGCAGAGCUUGGCAGCAGAACCCAACAGCAGAGCUUGGCACAACCCAGCAGCAGAGCCUGGCAGUAUAGCCUGGCAGAACCCAACAGCAGAGCCUGGCAGUACAGCCUGGUAGAACCCAGCAGCAAGCCUGGCAGCAAAGUCCAUCAGCAGAGCCUAACAGUACAACCCAGCAGCAGAGCCUGGCAGCAGAGCCUAUCAGCAAAACCCAUAAGCAGAGCCUGGCAGAAGAACCUGGCAGCAGAACCCAUCAGCAGAGCCAUUAGCAGAGCCCAUAAGCAGAGCCUGGCAGUACAACCCAGCAGCAGAGCCCAUAGCAGAGCCCAUAGCAGAGCCUGUGAUGCUUGCAGGGAAGCAGAGCUGUCAGGGUUGUGAGGAAUCAGAGUUUUCGAGUUGUGUGUUUGUCUGUGCGACUGUUGUGCGUUUUAUUCUUGCUGCUGUCUCUUGCUGGCUGCUCCCUCCCUCCCACUCCCUCUCUCUCUCUCUCUAUUUUCUCUUCCCUUCUCCUCUCUCUCUCUCUCACUCUCUCUCUCUCUCUCUCACUCUAAUGUGUGAUCUGGAAAGCUUAUAAAGCCUGAUGUAAUUCUUAAUGCAGCCCCUGGCUACACAGACUGGAUGUAGUUGCUGAGAGUCGGGAGAAGCAGUGCGGGCAGCAGGGGAAGCGAAUACCGCUGGAUUGUACCGUCUGUGGCUCCGGGAAGCCGAUCGCUUUGCGUCAAGGGGGGAAAAAAAAGGCGAAUUGUUCCGAAGACUUUGCUGGUCUCAUUGGAUCUAAGCGAUUAUUGGCGUUUAUUGGCGUUUAACGGCACCGUUUCCAUAAGGGAUUUUAUUUUCCUCCCUUCCUCCCAGGGCUGAAUGUGUCUCCGCUCCGAAACGCUCGAUCGCGAUUGAAGUUGAGCCGAGAACCCCAUUCUCGCCGUUAUCAUUCCGUAAGGACUUUGCGCAUUUCAGCCUGUUGGAAAGGGGGGGAUUUGUACCGGGGGGGCUGAAUAUUUAUUCCCUGGAAUGUCUUUUUGCACCGGAGGAGCCCGUUUAAAGUGAAAGAGUUGAAGCUGCACCUGUUAUGUCCAAGACCUGGCCUCUGCCUGACAAUUAUUUGGGAUUUCAAAGGACCAGAGACCUAGGAUGAGGAGCGUUGUAUUCCCCCACAACCUACUUUUCAUCUUGCCACUUUUCUUUGUGUGCCCUGCUGCUCACCUUGACUUGGGGCAGAAUCCUUGUACUACCCUGGUGCAGGGGAAAUUCUUUGGCUAUUUCUCCUCUUUGUCUGUCUUCCCCUUGAACUCGUCUCUGUGCUCUUGGAUUAUACAAAACCCCGACCCUAGGAGGUACACCCUGUACAUGAAGGUGUCCAAGCCUUCAGGCGUAUGUGAACACCAGCAGAUACGAACCUCUCAGUUUGACUCGUUCCUGGAGUCUACCAGAACCUACUUGGGCAUGGAGAGUUUUGAUGAGGUUCUCCAACUGUGUGAUAGCUCCGUCCCUUACGCCUUCCUGCAGUCCAACAAGCAGUUCCUUCAGAUGAAGCAGACCCUUCCCAGGCAUGAAGGGUCCCAGUUGCAGUGGAAGUCCAUCCAACCUCAGGAGACCGACUUCUCAUUGGAAUACCUGGUUCUGGGGAACCGGAACCCCAGCAAGGCUGCUUGCCAGAUGCUCUGCAAAUGGUUGGACACUUGUCUAAGCAGCAGCAGCAGCCUGCACCCCUGUGGCAUCAUGCAGACCCCGUGUUCGUGCCACGACGGGGACGCCCAGGUGCCUCAGGGCGAGGUCACAGGGUUAACCAAGAAAAAGGAGGAGUGUGUUAAAAAUGGAAUAUAUCUGGAGAACUGCAUCAGCAACUCGAGAGAUGGAGCGCUGGAGGGUGGUUGGACCUCUUGGACUUCUUGGGGAGACUGUAAUAGAGACUGUGGGGGAGGUCUGCAAACCCGAACAAGGACCUGUCUUUUGUCGCCAGAGGAGGGGCACAUUUGCGAAGGAGUUUUGGAGGAGGGCCGGCUGUGCAACAGGAAGGCAUGCAAUGCCAACGGGCACUAUGACUCUCGAAGCCAGUCACUGAGGUCCAUAGACAACAAGAAAAAAGAAGACGGCGAAGAUCAACACCAGCUCGGUUACCCCGCGCCUCAAAUAGGUGACCCAGCCGCAGAAGAAUGGUCUCCUUGGAGCGUUUGUUCUGCAACCUGCGGAGAGGGACUCAAAUCCAGAACCAGGUUCUGCGUCUCCUCCUCAUACAGUACUCACUGCAGCGGCCCACUCAAGGAGCACAAGCAAUGCAAUAACUCAGCUGUCUGUCCAGUCCAUGGAACAUGGGACGAAUGGUCACCUUGGAGCCUUUGCUCGUCUACGUGUGGUCGGGGGUUCAGGGAAAGAACCCGCACUUGUACCCCUCCUCAGUUUGGUGGCAACAACUGCGAUGGACCUGAAAAACAAACCAAGUUUUGUAAUAUUGCCUUGUGCCCAGUGGAUGGAAACUGGAACGAUUGGUCAAGCUGGAGUGCGUGUUCUGCGUCUUGUUCCAAUGGUACGCAGAAAAGGACUCGGGAGUGCAAUGGGCCAUCCUAUGGUGGGUCUGAAUGCUAUGGACAAUGGUCUGACACGAGAGACUGCUUCCUCACGCAGUGUCCAGUUGAUGGGAAAUGGCAGAACUGGGGGCCGUGGGCAUCGUGCACCACUACCUGCGGAGGAGGGUUGCAGAAAAGGGAACGGACUUGCUAUGGUCCCUUUUAUGGAGGAGAACCUUGCCCAGGAUCCAUGGAAGAAUCGAAGCCAUGCGGUGAAAAAAAGUGUCCAGAACCGCAUGAGAUUUGUCCUGAGGAAAGUUCUGCUUCUGUCACUUGGCAAGAAACCCCAGCAGGGGAGACGGGCACGGUGCGAUGCCCUCGGAACGCUACAGGGCUUAUUCUCCGAACGUGCGUUUUGGAUGACGAAGGCGAUGCUUACUGGGAGCCCCCGACAUAUAUCAAAUGUGUUUCCCUUGACUACCGCAAUAUUCAGCAGAUGAUAAGGGAGCACCUUGCUAAGGCACAGCGAGGCCUCAUAGGAGAAGGGAUGUCCGGGGUGAUACAGCACCUGGUGGACGUAACACAGGAAGGAUCCAGCUAUAGUGGAGACGUCUUGUCCACCGUUGACUCUCUGAGGAACAUUACGGAAAUAUUUCGCCGUGCUUAUCAUAGCCCGACUGCUGGAGACAUACAGAAUUUUGUGCAGAUCAUCAGCAACUUGCUGUCAGAAGAAAACCGAGACAAGUGGGAAGAAGCCCAAACGGUGGGGCUGAGCGUUAAAGAUCUGUUCAAGCUGAUUGAAGAUUUCAUCGAAGUCAUCGGAUUCCGCAUGAAAGACUUCAAGGACUCCUACCAAGUGACGGACAACCUGGUUCUAAGUAUCUUCAAGCGACCAGCGAACAGUGCCACCGACAUCAACUUCCCUAUGAAGGGCUGGAGAGGGAUGGUGGACUGGGCCAAGAACUCAGAAGACAAAGUCUCCGUUUCUAAGAGCUUGCUAUCUACUGGAGAUACAGAUACAGACGACUCCUCCAUCUUCAUCAUUGGGACCGUGCUCUACAGGAACCUGGGGAGCAUCCUGUCUUUGCAGAGAAACACCACCGUGCUGAACUCUAAGAUUAUCUCCGUUACGGUGAAGCCGUCGCCCAGGUCUAUUCCCGUUCCUCUGGACAUCGAGUUCUCCCACAUGUACAACGGAACCACCAAUCAGACCUGCAUCGUAUGGGAUGAAACAGACACAUCAUCUAAUCUCGGUGCCUGGUCUCUGAAAGGCUGUCGUACGGUGUCCGUGGAUUCCUAUCACACUAAAUGCUCUUGUGAUCGUUUAUCCAGUUUCGCCAUUUUAGCCCACCUCAGUACAGACAUGAAUAUGGAAAAGGUGCUUGUUCCUUCCGUCACUCUGAUUGUCGGCUGUGGGGUCUCGUCACUCACACUCCUGCUUCUGAUCAUCAUUUACGUCUCUGUCUGGAGGUACAUCCGCUCCGAACGAUCUGUCAUACUCAUUAACUUCUGCUUGUCCAUUAUCUCUUCGAAUGCCUUAAUACUCAUUGGGCAAACCCAGACGCGAAACAAGGUAAUAUGCACGCUGGUGGCUGCCUUUCUCCACUUCUUCUUCCUUUCCUCAUUCUGCUGGGUGCUGACGGAAGCUUGGCAGUCGUACAUGGCCGUCACGGGGCGACUGAGGAACCGGAUCAUCCGCAAGCGUUUCCUCUGCCUCGGUUGGGGGCUGCCAGCUCUAGUAGUGGCGAUUUCUGUUGGUUUCACCAAGGCAAAGGGGUAUGGAUCCACCAAUUACUGCUGGCUGUCGCUGGAAGGAGGGCUACUUUAUGCAUUUGUUGGACCGGCAGCUGCUGUCGUCUUGGUUAAUAUGGUUAUAGGCAUCCUUGUAUUCAACAAACUGGUGUCCAAAGACGGCAUUGCCGACAAGAAGCUCAAGGAACGGGCUGGUAUUUUUGAUUUUAAUUGCAGUCAGAUGACAAUGCCCCUAUACGGCAUGACGCUCAAAUGUUCCAAGUGUGGAAUAGUAUCUUCAGCAGAAGUAUCCGCCACAGCCACCAGUAAUGCCAUCGCUCUACAAUUGGAUAGUUCAAAAAAGGGGAAACCACUAGCUGAAGUGCAUAAAUUGACUAAUCGAUGCAGAAGGGCCUCGUUAUGGAGUUCGUGUGUGGUGCUCCCACUGUUGGCGCUCACGUGGAUGUCGGCUGUUUUGGCGAUCACGGACAGGCGCUCCGCUCUCUUCCAGAUCCUAUUUGCCGUCUUUGAUUCGCUGGAGGGAUUCGUCAUUGUCAUGGUGCAUUGUAUCCUCAGGAGAGAGGUGCAAGAUGCUGUGAAGUGUCGAGUGGUUGACCAACAAGAAGAAGGAAACGGUGACUCCGGGGGGUCCUUUCAGAACGGCCAUGCUCAGCUAAUGCUGGAAGAAGCCAAUAACCCAUACAUCUGCACGGCCAUGGUUGGUCUGAAGGACAAGAAGGUACCGUCGGAUUUUGAAAAGGAUGUGGAUUUGGCAUGUAGAUCAGUGCUAAACAAGGACAUGUCCACACUCCGAACAUCUACAAUCACAGGGACACUAAAGCGACCAUCUCUCCAGGAUGAAGAAAAAAUGAAGAUGAACCACCAGAAAGGUUCCAACUUCAACAGUCUUCCAUCCAAUGUGUCAAAAAUUCAUCAUCAAGGCUCUCCGCACUACCUAGGGGGGAUAAACCUCAACGAGUACAACAAUCAUACACUCACACUUAAAAAGGACAAAAGCCAGUCCUCCAAGCCGAUGUACAUGUGUGAAGGGGACAUCUUUAAGAAGUUAGAUUCAGAACUCACAAGAGCUCAGGAGCAGUCCAUGGACCCAAGCUACGUCAUCUUACCCAGCAACACCUCAACUCUGAGGGCAAAGCCAAAAGAAGAAAACAAAUACAGUAUGAACAUUGAUCAGAUGCCACAGACCAGGCUCAUACACCUUAAUAUGGCUGAUCCAAGCUACAUGCUGAAAAGUCCUCCCAGGGAACGAAUGGGUAUGAAGUGUCCCGAGCAAGGGUCACCAAUGCAAAAACAUCAAAUUCAUCCCAGCGAAUCACAGAUUCCCCUCGGCCUUUGUGAUAAAGGAGACUCAGGGACAUUGGGAAUUGUAACAAAGGGCGAAACCAUUUCCACACUUUCCAUGAGCUCUUUGGAGAGAAGAAAAUCACGGUACGCAGAGUUAGAUUUUGAGAAAAUUAUGCACACCAGGAAACGCCAUCAGGAUAUGUUCCAAGACUUAAACAGAAAACUUCAACAUGCGGAGAAAGAGAAAGAAUCCCCUACUGCAGAGAGCAAGUUAGAAAAGCAACAGACACCAAAUAAGAGGCCAUGGGAAGGAAUGAGAAAAAUCCAGUCCCCACCAUCAUGGGUUAAAAAAGACCUGGAACCUGUGUCCCCUUCUCCCCUAGAGCUAAAGACUGUGGAGUGGGAGAAAACAGGAGCAACGAUACCUCUGGUUGGACAAGACAUAAUUGACCUUCAGACUGAAGUCUGAAACUUCACAGAAAAGACUUGUUUUUAUUUUUAAAGAAUAUGUUUCCAUAUAAAAAGGAGAGAAGUUUGGUUUCUUUUGAAACCUUGUUAAAAUACUUUUUUGCAUCGUUCUCAGAAGGGGGAAAACUCCGUUAGACUCUUAGAGCUAGGUACAACACGAUCUCUCCAAGGUACGGCAGAGGAAUAGAAGGCAAGUCAUGUGAGAUGAGGCUCAGUGGAUGGGGACAUUAAAGGACUUUAUAAGGGGUCAUCUUCCAUGGGAAAAGUAAGGGUUACAAAGAAAUGAACCAGUCUGGUUGGCUGACAAUUAGAAUACGAGACACAGGAUAUGGAAAGACAUAGCGGUAGAAAGGCAAGUUGGCCAUCCAUGGCCAUGAACUUACAUUCAGUUAUUUCAAUACAACAUAAUACAAUAUGGUCAAAUCACUGGUUCCUCUAGUGCUGGCCCAGAGCGGCAACAAUAAAGCAAGUGUGAGGUAGCCACACGUCCCUGGUCUCUUCUACUAGGUUACUAGCCAAAUAACCCAGCCUAAGUGAGGAUUCAUACAUAGAGCAGGUUAGGCUUACUCACUGACAGAAAGUCUUUGACUGUUACGAAGAACCCGUAAAAAUACCUUCUGAUUACUUUAUCUUCAUCUUCUGCUCCCUUAAGCAGAUAUUUGUCAUAAGAAGAUUGUUAUCUACAGAAAUGUUUAUAUAGUUUUGUAACCUGGCUUGUCGGACUUAACAGAACCUGCCUAGAAACGUACGAUAUGAAGAUAUAAUAAAGUGUUCUGAAACCUGAGGGCACUUGUUUAUUUUGCUCCUCACCCUUUGAGAAUGUUUUCCAUUGGACCAGGGAUCCGGCAGAAUCGAGGGUAGACGUUUCCCGUGCGUUCUGCCCGAGUUCAUUCAGUUGUUUAAUGUGGGAGCUCAGAGAGAGAAAGGCGGGGAGAAGCGAGGAGAAGAGGGAAGAAGCGAAGAGAAGAGAGAAGCCACCGAGAAGAAGCCACCGAGAAGAAGCUACUGGUCAACGCGUCAAUGGGGAAAGAGUUCAAAUAGAUUAACCUUGAUGAAGGUUGCUUGAUAUGCAAGCAUUUUAUUGCGCCGACGUUUUAAACAAAGAUGACAUUUAUGUUGUCAUUUCGCUGUGUAUGAAAUAAACCGACCAAUGUGACGGACCGUCACAAAUCCAAAAUAGUCAAAUAAAGAGAGGAAAGAUUACUUAAAACUGUGAUGUAAUUGUCAGAUUUUAGAUUAUAUAUAUGAUAAGAAAGCACAAGGCCUCCGGUGCCGUGUUGUAUAAUAAUGUAAUUAUUACACACUAUGAAUUUUAGCCUAUAAAUAUCUUUAUACUGUGUUUUCAUUAUUUUUUUCCCCCUUUUUUGGUUCUUUUUGAAUUUUGGUUUUUAUUUUUUAUUUUUUCAUUCCUCGUCCCAAACCAUCCGGCGAUGUUAUGUAAUAACUCAGCUCCGUCUCCGUUUAAUACCUGUCGACAUUUUACUUUUCUAUUUUUAUUUUUUCCCCAAUUCCGCUGAUUUUGUUUUCUUUCCUAUCUGUGUUUGUCAGUUUUUCUGUACAGUUUUCAGAGCACAAAUGAAUGUGUUUUAUUUCUAAUAAAAAAAAGUAUAAACAA